AAAGACGAAAAGCCAUCAUCAAAAUCUCAUCUUUUUUUUGACUGAGUCACCGAUACUUUAUAUUUUCUAAUCUGGGUCUCCUUAUGCCCUUUGUUAAACUCAUUCUCUAACCUUCUCCAACGACAAAGAAAACCAAAGAAAUGUACGUUAAAGCUGAGCCAACGACAGAUGUGAAUAGGAACACGGAGUGGUUCACAUAUCCUGGAGUUUGGACCACUUAUAUGCUCAUCGUUUUCAUGUCAUGGCUCCUUGUUCUUUCCAUCUUUGGUUGUUCUCCUGGGAUGGCGUGGACUAUUGUCCAUCUCUGUCAUUUCGCUGUUACAUAUCACUUUUUUCACUGGAAGAAGGGAACACCUUUUGCUGAUGACCAGGGUAUCUACAAUGGAUUGACUUGGUGGGAGCAAAUAGAAAAUGGCAAGCAACUCACACGCAACAGGAAGUUUCUGACCGUUGUGCCUGUAGUGCUGUAUUUGAUGGCCUCGCACACAACAGACUAUCAAAAUCCAAUGCUCUUCUUCAACACAUUGGCUGUAUUUGUGCUGGUUGUUGCUAAGUUCCCAAACAUGCACAAGGUUCGCAUAUUCGGAAUCAAUGCUGAUCAUUGAAAUGCAAAGGGAUUCAUGCUUGCUUUACUCCGAUUUUUUCACUUUCCAAUGUAAUGGUAAUGUCCCUGUACAGAUACUGAAACUGGAAGGGUUAUUAUUAUUUCUUUCUUCUUUUUUUUUUUUAUAAAAAUUAUGGAGUGAAUAUAUAUAUACGUCACUAGGUUACAUGCUGGAAGAAAAGUGUAUCAACACAUUUCUUCUUCGUACCAGCAGAUAUAUAUCAUCUUAUUUUUUACUGUUUACCCUGUAUGGUUAGUGGUUACUCAAGCCAUUUAAUAAAAUACUUCCCAAGAGGGAUCAAAGUGAAA